AUGGAGGAGACGGUAGCAGCAGCGAAGGCCAUGGCAGCGCCAACCCUGCCGCUCAAACUCACACUAACCCAGCUCUCCAGUCCGAUUCCUGAGGGCUCACCCCACCCGGCCCUCGCGCGCACGCAUCACACCGUCACGGUCCUCGACAACAAAGCCUUCCUCUUCGGCGGCGAAGACGCCUCAGGCGACGUCUGCCCGCCCGGCAUCCACACCCUCACGCUGCCCCCCACUACUACUAAAGAACCUCCGGCGUACUACGGCACAGCAUACACCUGCUACCCGCCCUUCCCCCUCCAAGACGCCGCGACAGGCGAAACGCUCGUGCCGGCCCCGCGCGCCGAGCACGCGGCCUGCGCGUACGACGGUCGCUACCUACUCGUGCACGGCGGCCGCCGGGACGGGGCAGGCAGGCCCGCGGACCGGGAUAAUUGCCUGUGGCAGUGGGAUAGCGAGAGGCUGAGCUGGAGCAAGCUACGGGGCGAUUCGCAACUGGGCAAGUCGAUGGCGCCGCGGUGCGGGCACUGGAUGUUUGCGGAUGGGCGUCAGGGGUUUGUGGUCGUCGUCGGGGGCCGUGCUACAACUACUAGUAGUGGUGUGGAGGAGGAAGAGGAGAUGGAGAUUGGGAAGGAGGCGUGGAUGUAUGACUUCCACUCUAUGGUCUGGACGGCGCUGCCGGGGUUGCCGGUCAGGCCGGUCGCGGCGGCGUAUGCGGGUGGGAGGGUAUAUGUCAUAUCCUCUGGCGAGGGCCGUGGGUUGGUGCACUAUAUGGAUCUGCUCAACUCGACGGUUGAGCGGGAGAAGCCUGGCGCGUUGGUGUGGAGGAGCGUUGAUGAUCCCGGGGCUGUUCACCCCAAACCACGGCCGGGCGGGGCGUUGGUUCCGCUGACGGUGGGACACGGGCGUGAAUACCUCGUUUACAUCCUUGGGUGCUCCGAGGGCGAGGGUGGGCGCGCGGAGAUCUGGACGCUUCAGCAGCCUGCUCAUUCACGCAGUGCGGCUGCCGUUGGGGAUAAGAUUCGGGAGAAGCUGGCUGGUGCAGAGUCGGAAGAGUUUGGGUGGGCUGAGGCGGACAUCGUUUCCACGGAGGGAACGGCGGAGGGCCGACAGGUGCAUCGUGGUCCGACUGGCUCUCUCAGUGCAGAUACUUGUUUCGACGGGAAGGGAGUGGUCUUGUGGGAGGGCAUAAAUGCUAGGGGGGGGGAGGAAGGCCAUGGGUGGAUCUUGAGGCUGGCCUGA